AUUCAGCCACAUGUGAGGUGGGCUAACACAGAGGUCUGGGCUGGAACAUACUGGAAGUGCUGUGAGGAGUUGAUCAAUUUGAGUGGCACCAGGAGACAGAGCAGCACUGAGCUCCAAGAGAACUGAACCUUUCAACACACUCUGUUCCCCAGGAAUUCUGCUUUUUGAUUUAUGUCCCCCCAAACACAGGCCUUGCCUUCUUCUGUCAGCAUCCCAGCUAAAAAGCAAAGCGGGGACUGCCAGGAUGGGGAAAUGACUGAGGAGAGCUUGGGCUGACCCAGACACAUCCAUGAGCAAAAAUAUAAUUGUCUUUAAUUGUGUGAUCUGUGUUAUGGCUUGUGGCUCUUAUGCAGCAAGAAUUAGCACAGAACUUCCCUGUCCAGGCCUCCUGUUUUAUUCACCAAACACCAGCAGCACUGUCUGGUCCCUCGUGUACAGGCAGGAAGCGAUUCCAAAUCCAUUUGUAAAUCCUUUUACAGCAAAUCAUCAACACCACAGCUGCAGACAGCUUCAUCAAGAGCAGCUCCCAACAUGUUGGAAGAAUAGGUCCAAGGUACAAGGACAACAUCUGUGGAAAGUGUAAGAUGCCAUCCCUGCCCUGGACAGACUCAGUGCAGCGGCUUUGCCAACAUUAAUUUGGAUUAACACACCAGAAACUCCUUCCAACAUGGCUUUAGGUACUCGGCAAGGCUCAGCUGGCUGAAAUAUCAGUACUCGUGGGCUGUAGCGCUGCCUUUCUCACGCCAGCCAGAGUACAGCUCCGUUGUCACAGGCGGCAUUGUCACAAGCGGCAGCACUGCAGGUCUCUGCUCUUCUCCAUCCCUGUGGCGAUGGUGGUCCUGCGGGCUGGGCUCUGCCCUGGUCUCUCUGAAGACAUGAUCCAGCUUCUCAGCGCCAAUGGCAUCAGGACAGUGGUGGACUUCGUGUCAUCAGACCUGGAGGAUGUUGCCCAAAAGUGUUCCCUGUCUUACAAGACAUCCCUCUGCCCCCAGGCGCUGGUCGCAGUCAGACGUGUGCUCCUGGCCCAGUUCUCUGCCUUCCCUGCCAACGGAGCAGACCUCUACGAGGAGCUCAAGAGCUCCACUGCCAUCCUGCCCACUGGCAGCCCAAGCCUGGACCAGCUGCUGGACUCGGGGCUGUACACAGGGGAAGUGACGGAGCUCAUGGGAGCACCAGGCACUGGGAAGACGCAGCUGUGCCUGGGCAUUGCAGCCAGCGUGUCCCUGGGGCUCAAGCAGCACGUCCUGUUUCUCGACUCCACGGGGGGUUUCACUGCCUCCCGUCUCUACCAGAUGCUCCAAGCCCAGACAGAGGAUGAGGAAGAGCAGCUGGAGGCCCUGCAGCGGGUCAGGGUGGAACGUGUGUUCAACAUCUACGAGGUGCUGCGUGCCUUGCAGGAGCUGCGGGAUCGCCUCUCCCAGCAGGUGGUGAGCUCCAUGGGGCCUCUCAAGGUGGUGGUGCUGGACUCGGUGUCGGCUGUGAUUUACCCUCUGCUGGGUGGCAGGCAGUCAGAGGGUUUGGCCCUCAUGAUGCAGCUCUCCAGGGAGCUGAAGACCUUGGCCAGGGAGUUCAGCCUUGCUGUUGUGGUGACCAACCAGGUGACAAGGGACAGCAGCACUGGCCCACUGAAGCCAGCCCUGGGCCGCUCCUGGAGUUUCGUGCCCAGCACCCGGGUGCUGCUGGAGAGCAAAGAGGCCACGAGGGAGAAAUGCAGCACACAGCGUGCUGCUUCCCUGGCAAAGUCACCCCGGCAGCCAACAGGGAUCCAGGUGGAGUUGGACAUUGGAAAUGGUGACGUGCUGGACCCGAGCCUGGUGACACCCACACAGGGACUCUGAUGGCAUGGAAAAGCAAUUGUCACAAGGUUCAAGAGAGCUGCACAAAAGCAGGCAAGCACUGAAGGUUUUACAAAGUGACUGAGAGUCCUGCAGCCCCGGGAAGGAGCAAAAAGAAAAAUCUCUUGUUCUUCUGCCCCAUGGAAAAACUCAGUGUGGGGUUCCCUGGAGCCCUCUGUGCCUGCAGUGGCUGGGCUGUGAGGGCAGCAGGACGGCCAGGUUCUGCCCUCUGCUGCAGGAUUGUCUUCAACCCCAGAGCCAGCCCUGUGCUCAGGUGUUGUUUGGGAUCAGCUGCCCUGUCCCUGCACAACCCCACACUUCCCCGUGCUGGUUUAGUUCCCCCAUGGGUCCUUGCCCUCUUCUCCUGGAGUUCUGAUCAUCCUUGGGCCCACAGUGGGCUUGGUUCAGAAAUAAAAGACAAAAAAAAAGCUGUUGCACAUUGCUGUGGCUGUUGAGAGCUAGAAUUCAAUUAAUAACAGCUGCUCUGAACUUAAUUAAAAUGUGGAGCAGGACUGGGGAGGGACAGGCUGCUGAUGAGCAGGGAUUUAAUGAGACACUUGAUCUUCCCUUCUCCCCAGAGUACCACCAGGCCCUGUGGGGACCUGCUGGUGUUUUUGGGGCACAGCUGGGCUGUGUAAAGGCUUGCUGAUAACUGAUGGAGGUUCUGAUCUGGAUCAGCUGAGGCAGAUGGGUCCUGCUGGCACCAGCUGGCCCUGCUGGAUGCUCAAGGACCUAUUCAGUUGCAUGUGGUGAUGUUUAAAAUAAUCUUCCCGUGCUCCAGUGCUUUCCAGCUGCUCUUGGCAACCUCCUGAGGAGAGGGGAGGCUUGGAUGUGGAGUUUCCUCUUGAUCCCUGAUGUCUCAGAUACCCUCAGUUUAAGAGACCUCCUUGGCAGGUGAGCUGAGCCACGGCUUGCACUUCAAGGCAGCUGAUGGAGAAUUUAGGGGCUGGGACUAAUUAGGGCAUGCUUAUUAAACUAAUAACACAGCAUCACAUCUGCUGGAGCCCUCUAAGGCUGUGCUUGGCACAUUAAAUACAUAAUUUUUACUGCAAA